AAUUGAAUCUGAAUUCCACAUGUAUGUUCAGCCUCAGGAGCAUCCUAUUCUCUCUGAAUUCUGUACAGAACUAACUGGCAUAACACAGUAAUAACAUUAGGUGGCACUAGUGAGAUUGUGUCUUCACUUCCACUCAGCCAGACUCCUAUUAUCAGGUAUUAAAAAUGUGGAAUAUUGGGAUAAGACUGAAAAUAUGGAAUCCUGACAUGUUUGCUGCAUCUUUGACUCCAGGGUCUGACACGGUUACAUUUUUCUGCUUUAGUGAACUGUAUGAUCAUUCUUAGUGAGUCUAAAGGAAUUAAUGAUGUCUUUGAGAUCCUUAACUGUCUGAAGCUAAUUACUAACAACAGGGGUUUGCUUCUUUUGGUGUGCCAUUGCAGCAAUCCCAGUGUUUCCCUUGGACAACUGCUUCACAGCCUGUGCCUCCUGCCAUCCAGCAGCACAGGAUGCUGACAGUGUGUUGGUGUUGUGUCCCUUUAUGUGGCCUAAAAACCUACAUAAAGGGAUACAUAGGCCACAUUAUGUGGAUUUUAAGCCAGUUCUGCAGUGGUGGAUUGACUGUGGUUUUCCCUGCACAGACUGGGACCUGGGUGUGUGUUUGCACUACGAGUGUAAAAGGAAGCAGCUGCGCAAACCUGACAUUCUGAAUUCCUGGAUUGAUCUCAAAGCAACGUACAGGGCCUUCUAUAACAGAAAGCCUAAAGGGCUAAAUGGAGCUUUGCAGGAUUUGGGGAUAGCUUUUGAAGGACGGGAACAUUCUGGGUUGGAUGAUUCCCGGAAUACUGCUCGUCUUGCUUGGAGGCUGAUUUGUGAUGGAUGUGUGCUGAAAGUUACUAAAUCUUUGGAUAAGGCACAUCAGAAGAGUAAUUUAAUUUCCAGAACACUGACUGUAAAUGUCACUGACAAGACUCCACUGGGAAGUAAGAGCAGACCUGAAACAUCUAGAGAUGGAACUUGUGAAACAAAAUCUCUGGCUGAGAACAAACACGAGAGUAUUGCUGGAAACAAGAUAAAUUCCAAUGUACAGACUGGGGAACAGCAGAUCACUUGCACUGAUCCCUCUGCAGAUGUCCGUGUUGUACCCAGCAGCUCAAGGACUGAAUUCCAUGCUCAAUCCCAAAGCUCUUCAGCAGCAUCUCCUGACAGAUUUCCCAUUCCUCAGGGUCUGGCACAGCCAUGUGCCAGUCCUGCAUUGACAGGCAUCCAGCAGGGACUGAGCAUUGGGCAGCCUCUGAGAACAGCCAGGCUCAGCCUCCCAGCACAGGGAUCGGGGCUGGUGCUGGUCUCCACCACCAUCCCCUCAGUUACUCUCUCCAGUGGGGACAUCAGCACCAGUUCCGAGUGCUUGUCUCUGCUGACAGACUGGGAAGAUGUUGCUUUGAUACCAGAAUCUCAAUAUGAACAAAAUUCAGACUCUGUUCAGCUCAAGGAUGACUCAAGUGCAGAUAAUCUAACAGUGUCUGAAGAAGAAACUAUUUCAAAACAGUUGGCUGUGACAAGUUCAGAUAAUCAGAGUUCAGAGGAAAGUGUAGCACCCAUGGAACCUCUGAGGUCUGUUGUUUACAAAAGUCCUGAUACUACAAUCUAUAAUAUAGGGACAGUACAAAGGGAGAGUUCAAAAUGUUCAGCUUUUAAGUUGCCAUCUGCAAAAGGAAAUGCUGUUUCAGCACAAUCAGCAUUAAUUGGAAAUUAUUCUACUCCUUUAGAAGCUCCUAAAAGAAAGCCAACUAGUCCAAAAACAUGCCCACCAGCAAAAAAGCAGUCUUUUCAUAUAUAUCAAGAGAAAACGUCCUCUUUUGAUCACUCCUUACCUUCGAGAAGUUCAAAUUUGCCGAGAGUAUUUCCUGCAGUUCUGAACUCCACAGUCAAUUUGAAUGAAUCUGUAAGAGCUGUGAGAAAUGGAAAAUCAACUCCCCCUCUGUGUAACUGCGGCCGAAGAGCCAAAAAACUCUCUGUGUCAAAUGCUGGCCCAAAUCAUGGCAGAGCAUUUUUUUGUUGUCCUGUUGGCAAGCAAGGAGGUAAUAAGAAAAGUUGUGGAUACUUCAAGUGGGAAUAUGCGCUUCUGAAAGAGAAAUCUAGUGGUCUCACCUUUAAUGCAGAUGCUUUGACCUCUCUUAGAACUGUUCCUAGUAAUUCAGAAAAUUCUUCCAACAAAAAGUAUUUGUGUCUUAGACCCUCUAUGAGAACUUGAGCAUGGAUACAAUUUUUUGUCUGAAUCCUAAACUCUCUAAGUUUCAUGCUUAAUGGAAUCAGGACAGUCAAAUGAUGUCAGAUAUGUAUUCUCAGAAUGGGAUGAAGAGGACAGUUCUUGGUUACCGUAGAAAGGAAAGUUGCUCAAACACAUAAAAAUACCAGCAGAUCAUGAAGCAACUCCUAAAUUAAGUGUGAGAGAACAGAUAAAACUGUAGCUGUUGCUACAAUUUUUAAAUUUCUGUUCUAUCAUAUGUUUUAAACACUUUACUAGUCCAGUCCUUAAAGAUUUCAAUGACAGAUUUUAUUUGCCCUUUUUUCCCUAAAUAUACUUGUGAUGCUUCCAACUUUUAAUUUUUGAAACUUUUGAAACAUUUUAAAAUCUCUUUACAAGAUGUCACACAUCAAAAGUGAUUCUUGAAGCAAUAGUAUUCUGUUAAACUCUUACAGAGUUUUUUGUCCUUUAAGUAACAAUAAAGAUAAGAUACUGAUAUUUCAUUAAAUACUUUAUUUAACACA